AUGUACUUGAAGCCGAGAGUCUUCUGGGAGCCGGAAUUACCAGGCUUUGAGGGGCCUUACUCCCCAUCAUACUGCUUCCUUGUCUCGCAUGGUGAUCGCCACAUAGUCUUCGACCGCGGUUUACGCAUUGACUGGGAAGAAGCUUUUCCCCCCAAGAUUGUGCAGCUUGUCAAGGCCACUACCACGAUAUUAUCAUGCAACAGGGACGUGGUCUCAGUACUGGAUGAAGAUAGUAGCGGCCUGAACAUCCACAGCUCCGACAUUGAGGCCGUAAUAUGGUCACAUAACCACUUCGACCACACAGGCGACCCAUCUUGA